CCUGCCCUCCGGAAUCAAAGGGCUCUCCAGAACACACUUUAGCGACCAUGACAUGGCCAGAGGUGUGCGACUAUUUCUUCUCCAAUGAAGUGGAAAGACCAACGCAGGAGGAACAAUCAGGGGAGACCAGCAGUGGCCAUCGAUCGGAGCUACCAGCAAUGUCGGGGCCUGAGAUGUAUGAAUAUUUCUUCCAUGACGUAGAUGGGUCUGCGGUGCAAGGGGAGACCAGGGUCAAAGCCGGCACUUCCGAGACAUCCCUCAGCUCUGACCAUUGCUUGGCUCCAUCUGAUGUGUUGGAACAACCAACACCCAACCUGACUGCGGACCCCAUGGGAUUCCCGGAGGCAUAUGAGCACUUCUUUGCACACUAUCCACAAGACAAGAGAAGCUGGAGGUGGAAUAUCCUGGCUGUGCCGGCUUCAGAGUUGGGAAAGGCCGUGAGAGCCUUGACAUCCCUUGUAUGUAGACCAGCCCGCUUUCUCAGAUCCCGGCCAAGGCGCAGAGGAUCCCAAGUGAGGGUGAUGCUCAUGUCUCCCACGCUUCUGGAUGGGAGGUACCCAGCACCCGAAAAUCUUGGGGUGGCUGUCUUACACCCAGAGCGGCCCCUCCAGCUGGCCCUCACGCCCAGAGAUAUGUGUCUGGGGUUCCUGGCGUUUGCUUCCUGGGCUGUGAAAACCUCCGACUUGCAAGCUCCAGAUGCUUGGAAGAUUGUGUUGCUGGCAAACUUUGGUACCCUCUCAGCCAUCCGUUACUUCAGGCGGCAUGUUGUCAUGGAAAGUUAUCAUAGCACUUAAGGAGAUACAGGUCAAUCCUAUGCAAUUCCUGAUGGGGAUGCUUU